AUGCAAUUAACAAUUACUAAAAAACCUAUUGAAGUUGGUAAUAAAUAUCUUGUUGAUACAAUAGAUUUAGAAAAAGUUUGGAUUAAAUUUGAAUGUGUAUUUGCUACACCAAUUGAACAUGUUAAAUGGAUUAAAAAUGGAUCAGAAUCAUCUAAUAAACCAAGUUUUAUAUAUAAAGGUGAACCAAAUCAACGUUAUCUUUAA